AUGGCACAAAAUCUUGAAACAAUAGACCUCACACAUUGUCAAAAUUUGCGUAAAAUUCAUCCGUCUGUCUUAUCUCUCCCUAAACUUGUUUCUUUGAAUCUAAGAACGUGCGAAAGACUAGAGAAUCUUGAUGGGGAUAACCACUUGAAAUCUCUCAAGGAUCUCACGCUGACUGGCUGUGGUAGUCUCAAGGAACUCUUGUUGUCAUCAGAAGAAAUGAGAAGUUUAAGUUUAGUUGGUACUGGUAUCGAAACCUUGAACUUGCCAGUUGGACGGUUCAAUAAACUUGAAGAGCUAUAUCUCGGUUUGCCUCUCAGGAGCUUUCAAAUAAAUGAGCUACGCAGCUUGACAUCUCUUAGAAUAUUCUCUCUUAUUGACAUUGAAGAAGGAAUUGACAAAUCACAAUUACUCAUUCUGUUUGACGCCUGGCGUUCUUUAGAACAAUUGAGUUUGAAAGACUGUACGGUUUCCGAGAUCCCUGACAAUAUCAGUGGGCUGUCAUUGUUGAAAAUUUUAUCACUACGAGGAUGCACCAUAAAGAGUUUUCCCAAUAGCAUCAAGUACCUUCCAGAGCUGAAAGACAUUGAUUUGGGUGAAUGCUGGAGGCUUAGGUCCUUACCAGAACUUCCACCUUCCAUUACUCAUUUUUAUGUAGACGAAUGCACAUCACUGGAGACCAUCGAUUUCAAGGGUACAAUCUUUGAGCACAAUAAAGAGAAGAGUUCAUGGGGACUGGAUAGAUGUGAUGUGCCAGAAUUUAUUCAUUUCACACUGAUGCGAGCAAUAUAUAACAAUUACUCUUGUGAGGUUAAAGCUUGUUACCCAGGAAGCACAAUUCCAAGGGGCAUCAAAUAUUCUCUGACCACGGAGAGGGCCAUUACUAUUGAGCUUGCACCAGCUUCUUCUGAUCAUUUGUUAGGUAUUGUUUCUUGUUGUAUUCUUUCUCCGUUGGACCUCAGGGAUAUCUUAGCAAUCGUUUGCAGAAAAUUCCACUGUGAAGAUGACGAGAUCAAUUACAAGGAUGAGAAGGAAAUUACUUUCAUUCUCGUGUGGUCCGAUAUGAUCACUUGAUAAAAGGAUGCGGAAUUUGGCCAGUAUAUGCAUCAGAACUACAAGCGAUAGCUCAACAAAUGGGAUUAAAGCUGGAGAAGGGUACAGAACCAGAGAUGCCAGAAUCAUUCAACAUUAUUCAAAGAUUCUGGAACUUGAGGUGGAUGCCCAGCUUCCUGAGAACCAAGAGCAGCCGAAAUGAGCCCACAGAUCCAGAGGUAACACAAGAAAUGCUUGAGAGUUGAUAGAAAUGCAGUUCCGACCAAUUUUUCAUGGAUAGGGAAGCUUUGAUGUGUCACCCUAAACUCAAACUUUAGCAAAAGAACUUGCCAUCAAUGCCUAAGAUGAAGAUGACUCAACUAUUCUAGUCCUUGUCCUUCAAGGCUGCUCAAAUUUUAAUUCCCAAUUGAAGUGCCGUCUUCUGUAAAGAGGACCGAUGGAAUCCCCCAGAAUCAGAAUGGCUGAACAUUAACAUGGACGGAGCCUUCUCCCAACGCUCUGGCAUAGGAUGUGGUGGUUUAUUUUAGGGCCAAUGCUGGAACUUUCCUAUCAGGUUUCAUGCAUGAACCUGUGGCGGACCAUCUCACGGCGGAACUCUGGGCUAUUGUUCUUGGUCUGAAAAUGGCGUAUGAAGGCGCUAGAAAACGGCAAAUCGAGAUUGAUUAGGCCCGCGCAUGAGGAGGAUGUGAGUUCUCACCCUGAUGCGGGACUUUGAGAUGAAAGGAGAUGAUCCAACGCGACUGGGUAUACACUGAUACAGAUUAGAGAGAAAAAGAAAUUCCUUUACAGGAAAAAUCACUGAUACAGCUACUAUCUUGCCGUCUUUGCUUCCAAAUAUUAAUAGUAGCUUAACAUAACUGCAUUUUCAUCUAAAA